AUGGACCUAUGUUGCACCUAUGAUCUCAUGUCGUCACAGCUUUCUGUAUCCGUUCUCAAUGGCUGUCUAUACGCUAUCGGAGGACUCGAUGAGGAAUUGAUUCAGUAUACUGUGGAAAGACUUGAUCCACGAGUUGGUAAAUGGGAAUUCGUUUGUCAGUUACCAAUACAUCGAAGUCAUUUGGGGUCAGCAGUGCUCAAUGGCUACUUGUAUGCAGUGGGAGGUCAGAACAGCCAGAAACAACCAAUGGGCUCUGUUGAGAAAUACGAUCCGCGCACCAAUGAAUGGAUUGCUGUGGUUGAAUUGAAGAGCAAGCGAUCUGGUGUACGAACAGCAGUUGUCAAUGAAAAGCUGUAUGCUGUUGGCGGCUUCGAUGGUGUUACUCACCUAGCGACCGUCGAAGUUUUCGAUACUGAGGGCAAAUCAGUGGAUAAUUCACAGUUGCAUGAACAAUGGACGAUCUGGGGGAGGUGUAGGUGUAGUCCGAAUGCUGUAGCAGAUUUUGCUGUGGCGAUCUUAUUACAAUCCAGGGAUUCAGCAUUUUCUCUCCCUCACUACCCUCCAAAUCUUGCGUAUUGUAAGCUCACACAUUGUGAAUCGUGA